GGUAGCAGCACAGCAUGUAUCGUGGUACUAGACAGGAAAAGUCAGAUGCUUCAUUCAGCAAAUCUUGGUGAUUCUGGGUUUCUGGUGAUUCGACAAGGUUCAGUGGUGCACCAGUCCUCUGAAAUGCAGCACUAUUUCAACACGCCUUAUCAGCUGGCGAUUCCACCCCCGGGACAAGCUGGAACUGUUAUAGAGGAUAGUUUGGAUGAAGCAGAAAGUACGUCCUUCAGUGUGGAGCUGGGAGAUUUAAUUGUCUUGGCCACUGAUGGCCUGUUCGAUAAUGUUUCCACUGAACAAAUACUUAAGGAGCUGUCACAAUUGGAGGAUCACAGCACAGAAAGUAUCCAACACAUUACUGAUUCACUAGCAAAUUUAGCAAGAGCCCAUUCAUUUGAUCCACAUUAUGUAUCACCAUUUGCUAAGCAAGCUAGAUGUGAGGGUAUAAACAUAACUGGCGGGAAACCAGAUGACAUAACAGUCCUUAUAGCUGUAGUGUCAGAGAUGGGAGAGGAUUUAGCACUUGAGAAUAACGGAGAUGUAUAGCUCAUAACAUCCCGUAGAUGCUAUCAUUCCAUGGAACACAAUCCCACAUUCUGAUGUGCAUUAGACGUGGAAAUCUCCUUGUGGUCUGGUGUACCUCUUCUAGUCUCCACAUGUCGGUUAUUCUUAUACAUACCAUGCACACAAUAUUCAACAGGUUUUGUUAUUUAUGAACUCAGGGUAAAGUUUUUGACAAUUCAACAGUGCAAGGGUCAGUUGUUAGCCAUUCAAUGAAACACAUACAAGAUAACAUUUUUGCCUCUUUGUCGCUCAUCGCAGACAUGUUUAGCUUGGUAAGUGUAUAAUCACUAUAUGCCUCAGUUAGGUCGCUCGUAUUAAGCAUGCUUGAAACUGUUUUGUGGUUUGCCUCAGUUUUGCAUUGUCUGAACUCUUUGCUAAUCAGAUAUGAAUUGCUAUCACUGUGUGGGUUAAAAAGCAGAAACGAUAGUGUUUUGCACAUGGUUCAUUCAUUCAAAUGUGCCCCCACCCCCAUCUGUUGCUUGUUUGCGAUUGGUUUAGCCUGCAAAUAUUAUUACCAAAGUUACCAAUUUUCAGUGAUGUGCACUGAAAUUUAAAUUAAGUUUUUUAACCAAUUUUGCACAUCACUAUGGCUGGUGCUACAGGUAUUUUCUCAUUCCAAGCCUCACAACACAUACAGGCCACUAAAGAUACAAAAAUUAUAUAUGACAUAGCACAUGUACUAAAAUCCCUUGCAUCCAUUUCAGUGAAUUUGUGGCAGAAUUAUUCACAGUUCAUACAAAAUAUAACAUUAUUGUUACUAUUAAAAAAAAAAAUCAGAUUUGAUCAUUAAAUUAGUUAGCUGAAACUGAAAUAAUAUCUCAGUCCCUCAGGAUAUUUUGUCUUAUUGAAGUGUUUUUGUGAGCUUAAGUCAGUUUCAGUUAAGGUGUUUGUACUUUGACUGUAGAGCCUCAAUUGCCAUUGAUUAGUCAAGGCAUAGUAAUAGAGGGAAAUGGUUGGGAAGGCUGGUAAACAUCAAAGAAGCAAACAACCUGGCUAAGAUUUAUGUUGGAAGG